AUGACGAUCACGGGCGCGGCACCGGCGCAUUACGACCCGAACUUCGCCUGUUGUGGCGGCUGCUCCUCGUCCAAGCGCGCGGACGCGUACAAUGACAAACUGGCCACGGGGUCGCUCGUGUUCAUCUGGGACAUCAAGCUCAAGACGGACCCGCAGCCGGUGUGCACGCUCACGUUUCCGUACGACCCAGCGCUGAAUGAGCAGGUUGGAGAGCGGAGAGUGAGAAGUGGGCGCUUGGUUGGCACGAGUUACCCGAUCGACAACGACUACGAUUACCUCUGCUGCGAACAACGAGGGCAGUGCCUCGCACUAAACGAAGACGCGUCGGGCAAAUGUCAGUGCGUCAAACGCUGGGGGUUCACAGGUGAUCACUGCCAGGACAGCGUGUAUGACAUCGCGGAGGUUGCUAACGCAAAAGUGUUCCCGAACGCAACCAACUUGUCGUCUGUGGACCAUUUGUUACCAGACCUCCGUGCGUACUUACUCUCAUUCGACUACGACUCAGCCAUCAGCAGUGCUUCCACAUCGGACACUUCGUCAGGAUUUCUCGAUAUUUUGGAAACGGGUUCCUACCGGCAGUUUGGCUGGGCUACGACGGCCUACUUCGUCCUCGCGGCGGCAUUUUUUGCGAUUUCAUUUAUUUUUCAUCUUUUGUGGACAUUUUGUUUCUUCAAAUGCGGGUGUCGUCGGCGCAAUCCUCUCGAGAAGCCAAAAAUCUACAGCAAGCUGCAGAAAAUUGUGUGGGGCACUUUCAUGACAUUGUUUCUCCUCCUGGGCUCGGCGACGGCUAUCAUGACUUUGUUCGUGCUGCACAACGACAUCGAACCGCUUGUAGCAAAAGUGUUCACACUCCUGAACGACACAUUCCCAAGUAAUUUGUCCACAUUUGAGGAAAACUUCCUGUCGCCAAUGGAUGAACUCCUCGCAGAUGGAUACGAGGACUCCAAUGGAGAAUCGUUCCUCCUUCCAGACAUUCAGGAACGUUCACUCACAGACUUGGAAUUGCACGUAUUCUUGGACAAGCAGAGCUACGCGGAGGACGUCAUAGGCAAUCCCGUGUUCGAUCUUCUCGACCCUCUUACCAGCUACUCUGUGCUUUAUCCAACAGUCAACAACGACUCAGUGGACUGCGAGUACAUGAACAUUACGCAGCCGAGCGAACUCUCUCGAAUGACAAUAGGAGGACAAACGGGCUGCUUCAAGUGCAAAACGUGCUUAACCAUCGUGGAUCUCGUAUCUGAAGCUAAGACGUCCUGGCGUAAAAAUAUUUUUGAGGUGCAGAUCGACAUGCUUACGGCUAAGCACCAGCUUGAAGAUUUCAGUUUAGCACGUAAAACACUCACGCCUGCAAUCCAAAGUUUCCUCGACAGAAUGCACCUUAUGUGCAGUGACUUCCUCGUAGUGAACGGAAGGCUUACUUCUGGGUACGACACUGUUGCAAGUGAGAUUCGACAAUUCUCACUGUUCGGCCUGUACGCUCUCUGUGGCCUGUGCGGAGUUGCUUUUAUCCUUACGAUAAGCGCCUUCGCCCAUGGAAUCUUGACCGGUCGGCGAAAGGUUGGGCGUGCUGCGUGCAUCUUCUCUGAGAUCGCGUUCUUGGUGGCUCUGAUUCUCGUCGGACUGCUCUACACUAUGAGUGUCAUGGCGCAGGAUGCGAUAAUCGUCCUGCAACGUCUUGAUCAGAACACGUACGCUUUUCUGCCUUCUACACAGUCUGCCGAGGAUGUGAACAGGCUUCUCUUCGAUCAAAACUUCGUAGAGGCAACCGAUAUGGUGGAGACUCUGGCAUUCAGCGAUACCAUUCGCGUCCCGCCACACCCAACGCCAGCGAACGAUGAUCCUGAUCGAUUCAGCUUCACUGCGUUGUAUGACAUGCCGAAACUCUUUGCCUUGGAGAAACUUACUGCGGAUUCGGACCAAGCAUUAGUCGAGCUGUUUGCAUGGAGCCAAGACUUUGCAGAGUCCCACUACGACCAACUUAAAGUGCUGGCCUUGUCAGAUUCCGAUGUCCCCACUCCCUACAAUGCAACACUUCAUCAAGACUUGCUCAACUCGACAGUACAAACGCUAAUGGACCCAGACGGCGACGGCGAGCUUGUGACUGCAGACGACCUAUUGACCAUCCAGACCGUCUUCAACGAGAGCUGGCGGGGCGUCCCUGACGAAGGAGUCUCCAUUAACAAGGAUAUCCAAUCCGAAUGGCUGGUCGUCGCGCAGUUGUACUUCCAGAAGCAGAAACUCGAAUCUUACGUCGCUGCCGUCUCCAGCUUCAUCGCCAAAAUCCAUCCCCUUCUCGACGACCUACGGGUGAAGACCGAGGCAAUGGAAGACGCCGAGUUCCAGCUCAAGAUGCCGGUCGAGUUCGUGACCGACUCCGUCCGCUCCAGCAAGCUCGGCGACUGCAACUACAACGGCAACUGUGCUUGGUUCCGAGCUGCACUGAACGAGCUGUUCGAGCUUUUCCAGCAGAUUCUGCUCAAGGCCGAGCGCGCCUCCAUCACCUGCGCCGUGAGUGCAGUCGCUCUCUUGCUCGCAGUGCUGAGCACCAACGCAUUCACGUCUCGGCAGCGGCGGGUCGUGGUCAAAGUGUACUCGUCCAACUAG